AUGAUGGUCAUAUCUUUUCAACAAUUGGAGCCCCAGAAAGCAGCAUACUCCUUUUGGAUAUCAAGGCUGGUCUACACAAAUGGAGGUGAUGCCAUUUUGGUGUUAGCAUCAAAUGCCAUUCAUUUUCUCUGGAAAUGGCCAAAGGACCUUAAUUCUGCUGGAGUGGCGACUCCCAAGGUUCACCCUAAUUUAUGGAAACCAAGGAGUGGCUGA